AUGGACUCUGUCAUCACUGCUUUUCAACAUCAUACUGGAAAUUCUAGCCAAUGUAAGAAUACAAGAAAAGGAAAUGAAAGCAAUGCCUCCUGUACCACCAACUGCUUGGCUCCUCUGGCCAAGGUCAUCCAUGACAACUUCGGCAUUGUGGAGGGACUCAUGACCACCGUCCAUGCCAUCACUGCCACCCAAAAGACUGUGGACGGCCCCUCUGGGAAGCUGUGGCAUGACGGCCGAGGGGCUGCCCAGAACAUCAUCCCUGCUUCCACUGGUGCAGCCAAGGCUGUAGGCAAGGUCAUCCCUGAGCUGAAUGGGAAGCUCACUGGCUUCGCCUUCAGUGUCCCCACCCCCAACGUGUCUGUUGUGGAUCUGACCUGCCGCCUGGAGAAAGCUGCCAAAUAUGAUGACAUCAAGAAGGUGGUGAAGCAGGCAUCAGAGGGCCCCCUUAAGGGCCUCCUGGGGUAUACUGAGGACCAGGUUGUCUCCUGCGACUUCAACAGUGACACCCACUCCUCUACCUUUGAUGCUGGGGCUGGCAUUGCUCUCAAUGACCACUUUGUCAAGCUCAUUUCCUGGUAUGACAAUGAAUUUGGCUACAGCAACCAGGUAGUGGACCUUAUGGUCCACAUGGCCUCUAAGGAAUAAGAGCCCCCUGAACCACCAGCCCCAGCCAGAGCAAGAGGAAGAAAGAGGCCCUCAGCUGCUGGGGAAUCCCUGCCCCAACUUAUCCCCUAAAACACUGAGAAUCUCCCAACCUUCACUGUUUCCAUCCCGACCCCCAGAAGA